AUGUCCGCCUGGGGCAUGAACGAGGCCGCUGUCCCCAAUCACAAUGGCAACAACGGCUUCGACCCAAAUGCCCAAGCAGCCGCCUCUGGCAUGAUGGAUCCCUCAAAUUUCAUGGCCAACUCGGGCGCGGGCCCCUUCAACCCCGCCCAGUUCGCGCAGGCACAGGCCCAGAUGAUGGCCAUGCAGCAGAACGGCCAGAUGCGCAACGCGUCGCCCUCCUUUCCGAACCCCAUGUACCAGACCAACCCCGUAAUCCCAUCUAAGCGACCGAGACCACGAGAGGACAGCAUCGCGGGUUCGCCGCGACCCAAUCCCGGCAUGCUGCCCACCUCGCGCGCCGACACCCCUCAGCAGUCCCAGUUUCCAAAUUACCAACAAGGCGGCCCACAGGGCGGCAUGCCACAGCCCAACUCUGGUCAGCCCUCGCCCUACCCUCACCUGCAGACUAACGGCUCUGCGAACGCGACGCCAUCGCCCAUCAUGGGCAGCAACCAGAUGAGGCCCGGCAGCGUGCCCCAGAGGGUCGCCACCACGUCGCCUCACCCUUUCUCGCCCGCCGCCCAGCAGUUCGCGCCCCAGGCCUCUCCGAUACCAUCUGAACAGGGCGGCACCCCGCAGCCGAACCCGUACAUGCAGCAGGGGAACUUUCCGCCGGGCUUCAAUCCCAACUACGGCAACGCGAGCCCCUCGCCCGCACGGCCCCCCUCGAACCCGAACGCGAUGCCCAACCAGAUGAUGCCGCAACAAAUGGGCCAGAUGCAGCCCGGCAUGAUGCAACAACCCGGGCAGAUGGGCAUGGGACAGAUGGGUCAGGGACAGAUGGGUCAGAUGCAGCAGAUGGCGCAGAUGCAGGGCCAGAUGGGCCAGAUGGGCCAGAUGCCAAACCAGAUGUUUGCGCAGGGCAUGCCGCAGGGAAGGAACCCGGCGGAACAGCAGCAGAUGAUGGUCGCCCACAUGCAGAAGAUUCAGAUGCAAAGGCAGCAGCAAAUGGCCCAGAUGCAAGGUCAGAUGCAAGGCCAGAUGCAAGGCCAGAUGCAAGGCCAGAUGCCUGGACAGAACAUGGCGCAACGGAACAUGAUGGCGAGACAGCAAAUGCCUAACGGCCAGGUGCCCUCCAACAUGAACCCAGCCGCCGCCAUGAGGCCCCAGCAGCCCGGUAUGGGCGCGCCGCAACAGGGGCCAAGGGGCCAUUCAAGCCCAGAUACCUUCAUGAAACAGCUCUCGAUGUUUAUGGCGCAGAAGCAGAUGCCGCUCAACACGAACCCCGUCAUUGGCGACAGGCCCAUUCACCUUAUGCAGCUGUUCCAGGCCGUUAAUAAAGCCGGCGGCUUCAACAGUGUGACUGGGCGCAACCUCUGGCCGCAGAUCUGCAUGGGGAUGGGCCUCAAUCCCGGCCAGAUGCCCAUGGCCCCGCAGCAGCUCAGGAUGGUUUACGAACAGAAUCUCAGGCCAUUCGAGGAGACGUGGCGGUCUAGACAACCGCAGCAGCAGCAGCAGGCGCAGCAGCAGGCGCAACACCAGCAGCAGCAACAACAUCAGCAGCAACACCAACCGCAUCAGCAGCAGCAGCAUGGCGGGCCAAACACGCCCAUGGCAGCCGGCAACAAGCAGAUGUCGCCAGGCCAGGUACCACCUAACAUGAUGCAGCCAGGUCAGCACGCCGCCAUGCAGCAAGCCCAGAUGCAGUCGCCCAUGAAGCAGAUGCCUCCUGGUGCAGCGCAAGCAAGCGUCAAUGGUUUCCAGACACCUCAACCGCCCCAGCCGCCCCAGCCGAACUCCGCACAGGGCCAUUCGCGAAAUGCCAUGUCUAAGAGCCAUCAAGCGACUCCUGUGCACGACGAGUUCCCUGCCCCCUCCCCGGCCAGCAAACAUGGCAGCAUGUCGUUGCCAAGCAGCGCUCACCCCGACGGCCCUGGCGCGUCCGCAGAGCCAGCAAACAUGCCCUUCCCUGCGCCCCUUACCAAGGAACCCGACGAGUACAUCCCCUGCUCUCGGGUACCGGAACCCAAAACAUAUGGCGGUGUUGAGCUGGACGUGACGGCGAGGCUGGGCAUGGAAUACCAGUACUUCAAACCUGACGUCCCACCGCCUGCUCACCUAGGCAAUAUCGACCUGCAUGCUUUAACCAAGAGCUUGCAAUGCGGCAUCCAUGCCGAGGUGCGCCUGGCUCUGGACACCUUAGCCACCGUAACGAGCCCGCAAGGCCCAGCAGUGGGCGGCCCCAACAUGGAGAUCGAUCUAACGAGGUGCGAGGAGCUCUUGGAAAGCUUGGUCGAGUGUGCCGAGGAACAAGUCGAGGUGCUUGUCGAGAACACCGAGGAACUAUCAGACGAGAUCUUGAUAAGCCCGUACGAAGAUGUGUCGAGAGCCUGUCGUCUGGAGAACAUGGCCAUUCGCAAGCUCCAUCCGGUAGGGACGAAUGAGUACGAGCUCGAGCGCGCCGUCGACCGGCUCUUGUGCAUUACCACGAUCCUUCGCAACCUUUCGUUCUUCCCGCCAAACCAUGCCAUCCUGGCCGACGACCUGCUCGUCAAGCUUCUCUGCGACGUCAUCCGUUACCUUGGCACCCGCAACAUGCUCCUGAGGACACAGGCCGACACCCUGGACUUCUUCAAAGACGUCGUCAUCCUGCUCUCCAAUAUUGCUCACGCGUUGGAAAUUCAGGGCCGGGAGCAGGCCGAGAGUCUGCUGCAGUUCAUCCUGGCCUUUGCGCCGACGCCUGCGCCGCACUUAUCCGAUGCUGGCAAGCUGCAAUUCGCACCAUUCGAGCCCGUCUUGCACCCGUACCUGCCGCACGCCAUCGAUGCCCUGGCCAAGCUCUUUGCCCGAGAUGAGCCGAACAGGACGUAUUAUAAAAGUAUCUUCGCCGCCGAUGCCUCGAACACUCCACCUUCUGAACUCAUCACGCGCACCUUUGCUCUUGCCAUCUCAGCCAUCCCAGACCAACAUCGCGACGCUCGUGCGACCGGCUUGCCUUCCCUGGUCGAGGCCCGCAAGCCGAUCCUCAUGCAAGGACUCCUCGCCGGCAACAUCGUGGCUUCGCUGGCGCCGGACUACGACACUUGUGUAACGAAGACGUGGCUGUCAUCUGGCAAUGGGUUCGCGCAGAACCUGUUCCGCCUGGUCAGGGAAUUGUCGGCGGAGUUCGAGCAGCCCAGGAUUAAGCCGCCCGGACAGCCUCGAGCUCAACCGAAGAAGGACCCUGACCUGCUGUACAUUGCUGUGUUGGGUACCUCCAUGCUUCGGCAGCUUGCCCAGAAGGCGCGUGACCCCAAUGACCCGGAGAGCAUACCGCCGAACGUCGUUCCGAGGACGGACAAGAUCCUCAAGGCACUUGAGAUGCGUAGUCCCGAAUUCUCCAAGGAUGGCUGGCUUCAACAUGUCGUUGCACUAGGAUCGCUGCAGAUAUAG